UGUAUUAUAUACGUUUCUACUUCCUUGUUCGUACACACAAAUGGCGAAAAUAAGAAUUUACUAUUGUUAUUGGUUUGUUUUGGAAUAUACAAUUGUGUUUGUCUCGGGAAAAACAGAGCGUUUGACUUUAUGUGAAUAUUUCGAUCGAGGAAAUGCAACAGUCGGUUGUAUGAAUGACGAAACAUUAAUUUUGAAAAAGAUAACAUAUGGUGAUUCUCGAUGUCCGGAGGACAGCAACAGAGAUAAAUGUCAUUCAAAUAUAAGAACCUACUUCAACAACCAUUGUCUUGGAAACGACAGCUGUACUCUUUCCACCGUAACGUUGUUUGAUAAUAAUUGUAAAAGGCCACCAAGACGAUUAUAUGUAACCUUUACGUGUAAUUGGUUGUUCUGGUAUUGGAAUUAUGGAGUGUAUACUUGUGCAAAUUCGUUAAGUGAAGUGAAAUGCCCAAAGUUUCAGUAUAUUCAUAUUACAAAUGUCUGGUCAGACAGUGAAUGCCAUGAUAUUGACACAAUAAAUGCCAUAGCUCGCCUUGACGAGUUGUGCAAAGAAAAACGCACUUGUUUAGCAGAUCGAAAUAGGACUUCCAGUCUGUAUCAUGAAAGAUUUGUUAGCUUUUCCUAUGGGUGUACAGGACCAACAGAAUCUCCAGUUACAGAGGACACUCCUAGCACGUAUUACGGUAAAAAAAUAUGUAUUGUGAAGUGUGUUAUCUUUUUUUAG